UCUUAGAGCGGUUGAUACAAAAAUAACAUUUUAUUCGGCGAGACAUUCAUCAAUUUAUUUACUUCUCUUUGUUCUGCACAGAGUAAAUAAGGAAAGCAAACAACAACUGCACGAAAAAACUUACUUCAUCCAUUAUAGCCAUCGUAUCGCGAUCUCAAACGAGUUUGCUCUUAUAAAUUGAUUUUUAAAGUUGUGUGCAAGUCAUCGCAUAAACAACACACAAAACAAAUUUCGAAUUUAAAAUUUAGAUUACAACAUUACUGGCGGUGAUUGAUUGUGUGUCGGUCCUAGUAACUAUCCCACAUUCCGAUUUCAUAUUCAAAGAACGAAAAAAAUGUCCGGAACAACCGAAAUUGCGUCGAGUGCAUUAGAUCUCAUUGGAAACACUCCAUUGUUGGCCCUCGAUCGUAUUUGGCCAGGACCGGGCAGAAUUCUGGCAAAAUGUGAAUUUUUGAAUCCGGGCGGUAGUAUCAAAGACAGAUCAUCCCUUGGAAUGAUUAGAAGUGCCAUUGAAGCUGGUGAUCUGAAGCCUGGUGGUCCGGUACUAGAGGUUACAAGUGGAAAUCAAGGUUGUGGUCUUGCAUUGGUUACGGCUGUAUUGCAACAUCCAUUAACAACUGUUAUGUCAAAGGGCAAUAGUCCUCAAAGAGCUACAAUGAUGCGGGCUUUGGGUGCAAAUGCUGUUUUAGUAGAUCAAGUAGAGGGAAAACCUGGAAAUGUUACAUUGGCUGAUGUCAGUGCUGCAGAGAGCCACGGACUAAACUUGGUCAAAGAAACCGGAGCCUAUUUCGUCAAUCAAUUCCAUAACGACAACAAUUGUUCAUCGCAUGAAAAGACAACCGGCCCGGAAAUAUGGAGGCAAACUGGCGGAAAAGUCGAUGCAUUUCUGGCAACGGUUGGCACGGCUGGUACAUUCAUGGGAGUGAGUCGAUUCUUGAAGUCAAAAAAUCGAGACAUUAAGUGCUUUGCAGUCGAACCGAAAGGAGUUGAGCCAAUUUCCGGUAAAACCAUAACGAAGCCAUUGCAUCUUCUACAAGGAUCGGGCUACGGUUCGGUACCGGAUCUAUUCAAGUUCGAUGUAUUGGAUGGAACACUGAGCGUUUCAGAUAAAGAGUCCGUUGAAUACAAGGAAUUACUGGGAACAAAGGAAGGUCUCUAUUUGGGCUACACGAGUGGCGCUAAUGUUGCUGCUGCCGUGAAACUACUCCGAUCCGGUCAACUUCCGCCAGACGCAUGGGUUGUGACCGUGUUAAACGAUACGGGACUGAAAUAUCCGGAAGUGGAAGAUUACGGUUUCACCGAUGACGAUUAGUUUCUAUGCUGAUCAGCUGAAAUAAUGGCCACGUAAUUGUACAGUGAAAUCGUUGAUUCGUUUUAUCGGAGUGUGUAUGUUGGUCAUUUGUCUGUCAACUUGGUUGAAGUCUUCUCUUUUCAUUGGCUUUUUUUAUCAGUCACACAUUCAGCAAAUAAAUAUUUUUUACAAAA